AUGGAUGAUGAAUCAGCUGAACUGGAUCAGGUCUUGGCACGAAGUGGAUGCGACGUGCCUGAGCCUCUGGUGCCACGGACGCACCUGCCGCUUGGUUGUGUCGUUGUUCGCUACCGACACCUGAGAGCUGCAGUGUGGGGCAGCGAGCCGGUCACGGUGGUGCGAACGCUUCGCUUGAGCUGCCGUGGCAGCCUGCGUGUUCAGAUCGACUUCCGUCCCAAGUUUUUCGAGUGCAAAGAGGAGGAGCGCGCAAAGCUACUGUCACCGGAAGAAGAGGACGAGUUGUACCGCGUGACUCCUGGAACAGAGGAGGAUGAAAGAAGGGAAGCGGAGCUUUGGCAGGAAACCCAGCAGAGGAAGAAGCAGGAUGCCGAGCGCCUGAGCAUUGACAUCCUCGGCAAAAUGAAGGCCAAGAAAGCAGUGAUGAGUACAGAGGAAGCUCUGGAGCGUGCGAAGAGGAUCAAGCACAUGAGAGAUCCCGAGGUCUUGCUGAGAAGAUUCCAGCAAGUGUCACACUGGGCAAGCCAGGUGUUGAAAAUUCGCGAGGAGUUCCGGAAUGCAGAAGUUGAAAGGGCUCGACUGGCUGCAAAGCAAGCAGAGCUUCUAGCAAGUGAAGCCAAGAAGGGGGAAACCGACCAAAAGCAGAAAGCUCGAGCUGCCGGAUGGUCCGGGAAGCUCAAGUCUUACGUGCAAACCAGGUACAAGGCCUGGAGCGAGGAGCGUGCGUUCAAGCAGGCGGCCCUGGACAAGCCCAUCGGCUCUGUCGAUAUGCAAGAGCUUAUGAAAGCGAAGGCAGUCCCUGGAGUGCCUCUGCCCAAGAAGGUUCCAGCACCAGCUAUUCCCCGGCUCAAGGCAGAGCGCUGGGUGGAAGAAUUCUUGGAAGGCUCCCGCAUGAUCUGA